AAGUGUGAUUUGAAAAUUGAAACAGCACAAAAGCGAAGAAAAAUUCUUUAACACGCUCUCUGUCUCUGCUAACCAAAACCCAUCAGAAAAUAAUUAAUUAAAAAGGAAAAUGUCUGCUUUGAGUGUUGCAUCAAUUCGUUUACUCAAUCAGAAUCUUGGCUUCUUUUCUCUGUUUUUCUCUUACGCUCGCUGACUACAGCAAACAAACUACCACAAGAAAAGAAAGAAAGAAGCUAGAGAGAGAGACAAAUUACAGAACUUUAAAGGUUAGAACAAAAAAACAGAGAGAAGAUAUAGUGAUAUAUAGAGAGAAAUAAGAAGUGGGUUUUGGUUGGUGAAGGUGGAUAUGGCCUUUGCUUCUAUGCUUUGUUGUGUAAAGAAUUCGGAUCGUAAAGAGCGAGGAAAGAAGCAGCUGACAUGGCGAAUCUUCUCCUUGAAGGAAUUACACUCAGCCACCAACAACUUCAAUUAUGAUAACAAGCUGGGAGAAGGGGGAUUUGGCAGUGUUUAUUGGGGUCAGCUUUGGGAUGGAUCACAGAUUGCAGUUAAAAGGUUAAAGGUCUGGAGCAACAAAGGAGAUAUGGAAUUUUCUGUUGAGGUGGAGAUAUUAGCACGUGUUAGGCACAAGAAUCUGCUGAGCCUACGCGGUUAUUGUGCUGAAGGGCAAGAGCGCCUGAUUGUAUAUGACUACAUGCCAAAUUUGAGCUUGCUCUCUCACCUUCACGGGCAGCACUCUGCAGAAUGUCUUCUUGACUGGAAGAGACGGAUGAAUAUUGCGAUAGGAUCUGCUGCGGGAAUCACUUAUCUUCACCACCAUGCAACCCCCCAUAUCAUCCACAGAGACAUCAAAGCUAGCAAUGUGUUGCUAGAUUCAGAUUUCCAGGCACAGGUUGCUGAUUUUGGAUUUGCAAAGCUUAUCCCUGAUGGUGCAACACAUGUAACAACAAGAGUUAAAGGUACACUUGGCUACCUUGCCCCUGAAUAUGCUAUGCUUGGGAAAGCAUCAGAGAGCUGUGAUGUAUACAGCUUUGGCAUUCUCUUGCUAGAGCUUGCUACUGGCAAGAGACCACUUGAGAAGAUGAGUCCCACAGUUAAAAGAACAAUUACAGAUUGGGCUCUGCCAUUGGCUUGUGAGAGGAAGUUCAGUGAACUGGCAGAUCCCAAGCUGAAUGGGAAGUAUGACGAGGAAGAGUUGAGAAGGGUUGUCUUUGUCUCUCUUGUUUGUACUCACACUCAGCCGGAGAGAAGACCCACAAUGCUUGAUGUGGUAGAGCUGCUGAAGGGAGAGUCCAAGGAGAAAUUAUCCGAACUAGAAAAUGAUGAAAUGUUCAAGGCCCCUCAGGCCGCUGAUUUCGAUGAUGAAGAAAUAUCGAUUGCCGAAAACAGCUCAGACUUCAUCUCGGAGGAGAAGGACGUGAACAGGGAAGUGAAAGAGAUUGUACAGGAAAAUACUCAUAAUAGCUGAAGUAUUUGCACAUGUAAAAUUUGGUUUGAGCCGAGUUUCUAGUUGAACACAAGUAGCACUGACAAUCAUUUAUUAGAGUUGUCAGGAAUGACGCUACUAGCUGUUGUGAAAGCAUUGUUUUAUGACUACCGAAAUUGUUGUGCUUGUAUCCUCGAGUACACCAAGCGGCCUUGGUGUCUGUCUUUGGUAUCUGUCUGGUAAGUGUGCCCAGAUUUUUUGUUUUAGAUGUGGUGGAGCUGAUGCAUUCCUCUCGUUGUGUAUUUUAUUCAAAUUUGUUCGAGAUGAAAGUGCGUUUAUUGAA